AAAUACGGGGGCGGCGCUCAUAAUUUGCAGUUGCCAUCUAUUGGUUCUUAAAAAGUCUCUUUAAAGUGUGAGGCGUGGAUUGAUUAAUACUGGCGUGUCAAAUUCUGUGUAACUGCUGGACAUUGCGUAGUCAAUCUGGAAACAGUGUUUUAGUUAUUGGCUGUUGAUUCUGGGCAGCUAUUAGUCCUGCCUGCUGUCAUAUACUAAUGCGACUGUGGGAAAUAAUCUUGUCGUUUAAACGAGAGAACUGCAUACACUUUGAGAGUUCAUGAACAACUCUAAAGGAAUAUCUUGAUAUUAUAUACUUGCUGUAAACAUGAAGAGGAUUCACGAUUACAGUUCUUCAGACAGCGAAGUGGACAAAAACAUAGAGGUUGAAAACGAAAGCGCGGAUGAAAAUGGAAACGUAAGCACUACCCCCGAAUCGAUGUCUCUCUCCACAUCAUCUCAAAUUCAGGCACGGAAACGACGCAGAGGAAUUAUAGAAAAACGUCGCCGUGAUCGUAUCAAUAACAGUUUGUCAGAACUUAGAAGACUUGUCCCCAGUGCCUUCGAGAAACAGGGCUCAGCCAAGCUGGAAAAGGCAGAAAUUUUGCAAUUGACAGUGGAUCAUCUGAAAAUGCUCCAUGCUGCUGGUGGUAAAGAAUACUUUGAUGCCCAUGCACUUGCCAUAGAUCAUCGAAGCUUGGGAUUUCGAGAGUGUCUUGCUGAAACAGCCCGUUACCUUAGCAUCAUUGAAGGACUGGACAACUCGGAUCCCUUGAGGCUGCGCCUGGUUUCUCAUCUCAAUAACUAUGCAUCUCUGAGGGAAGCACAUUCUGGAAUUAGACACUUGCCUUGGGGGUCUGCUUUUGGAAAUCACCCACAUCUCCCACAACCCCUUCUCAUGCAACAGACUGCUCACAGCCCUGCCACCAGCACAUCCUCCAUCACAGAUCCGCACUCUCAGAGCAGACUCAACCCCACCCUUUCACACACAAAGUCUGCCUCGCUGAGAGUGCCCCAUAAUGGCAGCAUAGCACCAGUGCUUCCGGUUGCCACUUCAACCUCUAAACUGUCACCUCCUUUGCUCUCCUCAAUUUCCUCUCUUUCAGCCUUCCCUUUCUCCUUCAGUGUUUUUCCCUUGCUCUCUCCCAACACACUGAGCCAACCUGCCCCAGAACAAGCCAUCAGCCUUGGCAACCUUUACAGAUCCUGGGGGACAGAGAUAGAUGCAUUCUGAUAAUCUCCUUGCUGAGCUGGGCUGUUUUGGGAUGUUUAAAAGAAAGAAUCAGCAUAAUUCUGAAAAUAAAUCCAGUAUUUUAUUUUUUGCAGAUACCACAUUGUAAUAUUUUAAUAUCCCUUUCUGACCAGUGUAAUUUCAAUCAACAUUGUAUUUGACUGCUUCAGAUGCAGGGUUAAAAAGGGUUUAUAUAAUGUAAAAAAAUAAUUUUUUGUGUGAUAAUUACAUUUUUAAAUCUGUUUUAAGGAGAGAAAAAAUAUUGUUAUCUUGGAUUUACACAUUAAUAUAUUUUUAUUGAAUGUGUUCCUAAAUGUGUGGCAUGAUGUGCUUCAUGUACAUUCUAUUUUAUUCCACAAAGGCAAAAGAUUCCACAUCAGAUCUAGUUUUAUGGGCAUUUAUAUUUAGUAUUUUAUAUUUCUGUACAAAUUGCUGACAAAUCAGACUUCUGAGCUCUAAUUUCAGAGAUACGUGUAAUUACCAGUUUAUAGUACAUCGUGGUGUUGUCCAAAGGGGCACUAGCAUGGUAAUGUAUUUGAUCCUUGUGUCUUGAACUGUUACUAUUAAAUAUAGUUG